AUGAGUGCCAAGAAGCCUGUGGAGGAUAUACCGAAGAAGUUUAUUGACCCCGUUGCCAGUAAGGAUGCGGAUGAAGGAGACCGUGUUAACGGGAAGAAUUGGAAAAUGAAGAAGGAUGCUUUCAGAGUUAAGUCUUUGGGAGUUUCCAAAACUCUGUUUAGCAAAAGACAAGAAAACAAGCUCUUGGAAGAACAAUAUAAGGCUCGUAUAGCUGAUUUGAAGCAGGAGAAGAAUGAUGCUAAGCAAGCUCAUAUAAAUGAGCUCAAGAGACGUAGAGAAAUCAAGGCAGAAAAGGAACGGUACGAGAUGAUGGCUACCAAGAUGCAUGCUAAGAAGGUUGAACGUAUGAGGAGAAGAGAAAAGAGAAAUAAGAUGUUAAAGGAGCGUUAA